GUUUUAUUCAGUCCUCCGUUUCAUCUGAAAUCCGAUAUCCUCCGCUCACAUGGCCGCAACCGCAGCUUCUUCCAUAGGUUCUUCUUUCUCCACCUCGAUCCAGACACACAAAGCUAUCCGAUCCAAAUCAUCAUCAUCAUCCUCCUCAUUCGAUCAUCUCUUCAAAAUUACAUUAUACCGACCGAUCCUUCACUUUCCUGGCCUAACAUCGCAAUUCAUCGCUAUCGAAUCGCCUUCUCACCUUGCUCAGAGGUGGAGAUUACCUGCUGUGGAGCUAGAAGGAGAAGGAGAAGGAGUAGGAGAUGGAGAGAAUUUGUCAUCUGAGGAGGAGGAAGCCGCCGAGUCUUCCAGUGGAGGCUUGAACACGAAGCUUUACUUCGGAAAUUUGCCUUAUAACUGUGAUAGUGCUCAACUCGCUGGAAUUAUUCAGGACUACGCCAGUCCAGAGCUUAUUGAGGUGCUUUAUAAUAGGGACACUGGUAGAAGCAGAGGAUUCGCAUUUGCAAUCAUGAGUAGUAUCGAAGAUUGUAACGCAGUGAUCGAGAACCUUGAUGGAUGCCAAUUUGGAGGUCGAACAUUGAGGGUGAACUUUUCAGACAAACCCAAGGUAAAAGAGCCAUUGUACCCAGAAACAGAACACAAACUCUUUGUAGGGAACCUAGCCUGGUCUGUUACAUCUGAGAUCUUGACUAAAGCAUUCGAAGAAGAAAGUGAUGUUGUGGGAGCAAGAGUGUUGUAUGAUGGUGAAACGGGAAGAUCUCGUGGCUAUGGCUUUGUUAGCUACUCGACGAAAUCUGAGAUGGAUACAGCUCUCGAGUUGAUGAAUGGAGUGGUAAUAAUUAAUUGCAUAUCUUUAAAAUUAUGAUAUCAAAUGGGAUUUAUGAAUUAUCCCAUCUUCGUCUAUUUUCAGGAACUAGAAGGGCGUGCAAUCCGAGUUAGUCAUGCAGAAGGGAAGAAACGGUAGAAAAAUCAAUGUUCUUAUUUUUUACAUUAGCUUGUAUAAAUGAUCAUUUGUUGUUUAUUUAAAUCAAUACAUUAUUGUUAAAAGAAGAUAUGAGACAUAAGUUCAUCAUUACAUAUACAUUA